AUGCGAAUAGAACCAACAAGCUCCUUGUCUCAACCACCAUCUCCACAACCUCCACACGUGGAAGAGCAACAUGCACCUUCUACCACCGAAACAUCAACUGCAGUCACACAUUUCAACUCGCAGGUUCCUUCCUACAUUCAUCGAUUGGUUGAAAAGAAUGCUUUUAAAAUUGAAUCGGUCUUGUCUGUCAUUGCACAUCUCAUCUUUCUGUUGGGACAUUUGACGUGGACCAUUUUGGUCAUUCCAAAUCUGAAUCUUUCAAAUAGAUCCAAAGAUUCAAAUCGUGCCAUGUCCUACUUUUGGUUUCAUGUCAUAAUCCAAUUUCUAGAAUUUUUCGUCUUUGCAUGGUUCAUUGCAACAAGUAUCAAACUCAUCAAAAACAAUACUCUUCUACCCAAUCGCUCCCGUUUUUUCAUUGUAAAUGUGGUCAUUCAUGUUCUUCAUUUAUUUCUGUACAUUUUUGCAUGCAUUGUAUUUGCCUUAUUUAUUAGUGUAAUCAAAACUUCUCAAACGGUACUCAUGUGGCUGCAAGUGACAUGUGUUGUGGGUUUUUUAGGUAUCCUAUGGUGGUUACUGAGUGUCGUCAUGAGCAUUCUGGCAUUUGAUUUUUGGAGUCGAGGAGUCACCACGACUGCUUUACCAUCCUCAAUGAACAACACUGUGGUCUCCACUGUUCCUCGACAACAUGAAUCAUACAUAUCUAUCAGAGAAGAAGUUGAAGGAACACCAUCUCUUGAAAUGCACUAUGGAUUGACCUUCAAUUACAUUCAAAUGAAUUCAGCAAUGGAGCCACAGAUUCCAUGUGACGACUCUAAUGUGGAGGAUAAACCAACGAUGGCUGGUUGA